CAACAAACGGACACCCACACACGCCCACAACACCCACGACAGCUCAGCAGGCAGGCAAGCAGUGAGGGGAGCACCGAGAACACACUGCUGAAGCACAAAAGGAACAGCGCCAGCAAGCGAAGAGAUGGCCACCUGCUACGACAACCUUCUGCUCUGUGCAGACUCGUACAAGGUCUCGCACCACUUGCAGUACCCACCAAAGACGGAGCGCGUGUACUCUUACUUUGAGAGUCGCGGUGGAAAGUUCUCAGAGACCGUCUUCUUCGGCCUCCAGUACCUCAUCAAGAAAUGGCUGGUGGGUCAAGUCGUCACUGAGGAGAAGAUCCAGCAAGCAAAGGAGCUGUGGAAGCUUCAUUUUGGCAAUGGCAGCAUCUUCAACGAAGAAGGCUGGCGCUACAUCCUGAAGAAGCACGGUGGCAGGCUUCCACUUCUCAUCAAAGCCGUGCCAGAAGGCACGGUUGUGCCCACCCGCAACGUGCUCUUCACCGUGGAGAACACGGAUCCCAACUGCGCCUGGCUGUCCAACUGGGUGGAGGUUGUUGUGAAGUGCCUCGAGCUGCUUGGGGAGGCCUUUGGGACGCUGACGAACAGCAAAGGGUACAAGCUCCUGCCGCCGUACCUGCGCCUCAUCCAGGGCGACGGUAUCUCCCUCGACUCGCUCGAAAACAUCCUCGCACGCAUGAAGGAAGCCAAGUGGUCUGCGGACAACGUCACCUUUGGCAGCGGCGGGUCUCUCCUGCAGAAACUCAACCGCGACACUCAGAAGUGCGCAUUCAAGUGCAGUUUCAUCACUGUUGACGGCGUUGAUCGCGACGUCUUCAAGGACCCAAUCACAGACCCAGGCAAAGCGAGCAAGAAGGGCCGGCUGACCCUGGAGAAGGAUGACAAGGGCAACUUCGUCACCCGACAGCAGAACAAGGGCGAUCCCGCAAAGGAUCUGCUGCAAGUUGUGUUCAAGGACGGCGAGCUGGUCACGGAGACGACGUUUGCGCAAGUGCGGGAGCGCGCAGACCUCUAGUUGCCACAUGCAGCGUUGACUGCUGUUCAUAUGUUCCUUGUGUAAUGUUCAUGUCGUCUCGUUGUCGUCGUUGUUGUCGUGAUGGUUGUUGUUUUGUCGUGGUAGCUCUUGUUAAAGUCCAUGCUGUUCAUUGUGCUGACUGGUGUCGCGGGCCAACACAGCCAACGCAACCAAUACGACUCGUCACCUGAUCUACCCGUUACGUUGUACACCCCUUGCUGCCGCUAGCACAUACACGCAUGAACAUAUGCACACCUCAAACGUGACAGCGCAUGACACCCAC